CAUACUCAAAGCAUUACGCGUUCGAUAAGAUUCAUUCGGGAAUGUUUUAUUAAAAACUUUUUUACCUGGUCUAAAAUCCGUGGUAAUGCAACAGUGUUUACGGCAGUGGAACAUAAAGUGUAAAAUUGUUUAAGCAAUUCUGAUUUUAUUCUUCGGUAUGUCAGAAGGCGAGGCUGCAGCAUCGCAGAAGAAACAGCAGCCAUUUCAGCAACAGCCACAACUUGGAGUAGGCUCAAUGGCGAAUAUGGCAUGGCAAUAUCCCUCGCCAAACAAUAUUCACAACAUGUUUCCUCCAUAUUCAGGGCAGUUGUAUGGACCAGGAUAUCAAGGUGUACCUCAUCAAGGACAAACAUUUAGUUAUUAUCAUGCAAUGAUGCCUGGAUAUGGACAACUCCACAGUUUUACUCCACAGCAGAUGCAACAGCAGCAGCAACAGCAACAGCAACAGCAGCAACAACAGCAGCAACAACAGCAGGACAACAAUCAAGGAAAGCAGUUACAUCAACAACCACCAGUACCUGGAACUCCAAUGUCUUUAGAUGAUGAUUCUGAACUUCCUCCUUUACCUCCUGGACCUCCACCAUCUGUGCAGACAUCUCAACAACAUAAUAAUCAAGUACAACUAUCUAUACAACCUCAUCCAGGGUACAUGUAUAAUGCAUUUCCAUAUAGUACUUGGAAUGGAAUGCAUAGUGAUAUGUCUCAAUACAAUAAUCAAAUUCGUUUCAACGUAUACAAUAAAAAAAAUGGUUUGGCUUUCCUCUCUCCAUCCGGAAAUAGUGGAGCUGCAAAGAGAAAACGUAAGCGGAAUAAAAAUUUAGCGGCUCAGUUCAACAAUAGCUUUCAGGCAAACAAUCCAACAACAAAUUUUGUUCCGGGUCCCAAUCUGAAGACCGAGUUACCACCUUUACCUCCUGCACAGCGUGAAGUAGUGGCUCCUCCUCCACCAACUGAAGAAUCCCCUACUCCUACUACACCUGUUAUCACAACUGUUAAUAAUACAAUUCCUAGUGCUGGUACACCAGCGGUAGGUACCCCUUCUAUUGUGACAAAUCCCAGCCCAGUCGGUGAUUGGCCUGACAGCUUGAAGAAUUACGUAAACAGGUGUUACGAAAAAUGCAAAACAGCAGUGGAUAAGGAUCAAGUUGAGAUUAUAUUAAAGGGAAAAAUCACGCGUGCCGCGAAUGACGGCUCGCUUUGGGUGAAAGACUGGGACCAAGAACCUUUGCCUAGCAUUCAUAGUGAACGUAUGACUAUGACGAUAAAGCCUCAAAAGCCGACCUUGAAAUUAAAUAAUUUGCCGAAUCCACUGAUGAAUGCACAGGGAGGCUUGCGCAAGCCAGGUCUCUCUACCUCUCUCGGGGCUCGGCUUGGCGCGCGUCUCUCUGUGAAUUAUAAACGGUCAAGGUCAAGGUCGAGGACUAGAUCAAGAUCAAGAUCAAGAUCGAAGUCAAGAUCGAGGUCGAGGUCGAGAUCGAAGUCACGGUCGCGUUCGGAUACACGUAGCCCGCCAUCACGAAAGUACAGGCGUAGUACAUCGUCGUCGUCGAACGUUAGUGAUCGGGAACACGAUUAUAAGUCGUUAAAAACGAAAAAGUCUACUAAAAGCAAACCGAAUCAUAACAGCAAGAAAACAAAGAAGACUAAACAGAUGAAAUCACAUUUCUAUUCAGAGUUUGGUUUAGCUACAGGAAACACUGAGGAAUUAGGAUCCAAGGAGAAAUUACAACAACGUGCUGCAAGAUUUAACGAUACUAUUUCUAGGACAGUCAGCAAUGGUGUUAAAGAUGAUUCCUCUACAGACUUUGAUUUUACCGGACUUCACAUUGUUGGAAUAUGCAAGGAUAUAGAGAAACCAUAUUUACGUUUAACAUCUGCUCCAGCUCCCUCUGCUGUUCGACCGGUAAGUGUACUCCAAAAUUCUUUGGCACAUGUCAAGAAGCGCUGGGUGGUUGAUCAAGACUAUAGAUAUGCUUGUGAUCAACUUAAAUCUAUUCGUCAAGAUCUUACCGUCCAAGGUAUUCGAGAUGCAUUUACAGUCCACGUGUACGAAACACACGCCCGCGUCGCUUUAGAAAAAGGCGAUCAUGAAGAAUUCAACCAGUGCCAGACGCAAUUAAGGAUGUUGUAUCAAGACGUUGGUGGAGAAAAUCGAUGUGAAUUUAUUGCCUAUAGGAUAUUGUAUUAUAUUUUCACAAAAAAUACGCAAGAUCUAACGACGAUUUUAGCAGCAUUAUCGGCAGAAGACAAAACUGAUGAGUGCAUAAAACAUGCACUCAAAGUGCGUUCAGCAUGGUGGCUGGGCAACUUCCAUGCCUUUUUCAAAUUAUACACUUCUGCUCCGAGGAUGGCAGCCUUUCUAAUGGAUUGGUUUGUUGCAAGAGAACGCAAGAAUGCAUUGAAGAGCAUGAUAAAGUCCUACCGGCAAAAUUUGGCGGUUGAUUUCGUCGUAGCAGAAUUGGCCUUUGAAUCUUUGGACAAGUUUUAUGAAUUUGUCAAUGAAUUGGGGUUGGUUUAUGCUGAUCCUGAGCAACAUCUAAUCGACUGCAAGACAAGCAGUGGUUCUCUAGGUGCUUGGUAAAAAAGCAACAUCACUCUUUUUUCAUGGAAGAUAUAUAAACAAAAACCAUUGUCGUGCACAUUCGUGGGCACAAAUUUGUGUGUGUAUAUGCAUAUGUUUUCCGAUUAUAUGCAUAUGUAGACUCUACAUACAUAUGCAUAUGCAUGUGCAUAUAUUUAACUACACAUUGACCUGUUACUGAUAAUUCUUACCAUCCCCAAUCAUUAUUCUCUUCGUUGAUCGACACUACCUAGUCGAGCAACAAUUUGUAAAUGAAAGUUUUCCCCGCAAUAAUUUGUACAUAUAUGUGUCUCAAUCUCAGCCCAGCGCAAACGAAGAAUCCAUUUACAGGCUGACAUGAAUUGUACAAAAAAAUUAGGAUGGCCGUUUUAAAGUCGUCCGCAACUACCUCAAUAGAACUCGGUAUGAAACCGAGGCUCGUAGUAAAUUAUAAAAGAAGGGAGGAACCAUAAAAAAUUAUCUUCAGGAAACAAACACUUCUCGUUUGGUCAGAACUUCAAAUUCCUUAGAUCGCAACCGAUCGAUCCUCCACAAUUUGUUUAUGUUAUAUAUUGUAUGUGUUUUUACUCUCGUGUCUGGUGAUUCUCAGCAUCUUUUUCCAAACACUGUCCACCAAAAGGAUUUGAGAUUUUUUAACCAUUUGCCAAAUUUUU